AGUGGCGGUUUGCAGCCCGGCGACCAUUUUUGUUCGGUCCCUGGUCGCCUGUCGCUACUCUCGUCAACGUCUAAGUAUAAGGUUACUGUGGCGGAAGUACAGAGGAGGCUCAGUUCGCCGGAAUGCCUGAACGCUUCGUUGUUGGGGGGUGUUCUAAGGAGAGCCAAAUCUAAAAAUGGCGGUCGAGUCCUUCGCGACAAGCUGGACAAGAUCGGGGUGGCCCUACCAGCUGGAAGGAGAAAAGCCGCUACGAUUACCCUUUUCACGUCACUGGUUGAAGGUUCGUUGCAUAUCUUGAAAGAACUUAUGGAUUUAUUAGCUGAAGAACGAUCCUUCUACAACAAUAACAACAACAACAACAACAACAUCAACAACAACAUCAACAAACAACAACAACAAACUUUAUCGUCGUCGUCAUCGUCGUCGUCGUCGUCGACAUCCCAACUCGAUACAAUCAUUCAAAAGUACCUAACUCACUUCACUUUAAUCACACAUACCUUUGGCAAUACGGCCAUAUAUGCUGUGCUGAAUACGCUACAGACGUAUUUGAACGAGAUGUUGAAAUCAGUUGAAAAACAA